AUGAUCCGUGUCAAGGACCCGAAGGUCUCACUGGACUUUUACGAAAACGUCCUUGGUAUGGAUCUAAUCGACAAGCUGGACAUGUCAGACUUUACCCUCUACUUCCUGGGUUACCAGCACCAAGGCGACGCCUCGCGCGGUGAACGCGAGGCUCUUUUGGAACUAACCCACAACCAUGGAACUGAGAAUGAUCCUGAUUUUCACUACCACAACGGCAAUGCUCAGCCCCAGGGCUUUGGUCAUCUUGCCAUUUCUGUGGAUGAUAUUGAAGCCGCUUGUGCUCGCUUUGAGCGCCUGGGUGUGAAAUUCCAGAAGCGCCUCACAGACAACUACUGGAUCGAGAUCAUUUCGGCCAAGUGUCCUCAAUAA